AUGGCUGUUCAAAUUCUUUGUGUAUUUUUUGUGCCUGAUCAAAGUAAUUUUUUACAAUCGGUUGUUAAUUAUUUUCAACAUGCAAAUAUUAUCAAUGGAGGAUUUCAUGAAAAGUUAGCAAUCAUUCUUAUCCCGAAUGAUUUUAAUUUUGAUGGUGAUCCUAUAGAAAUAUCAAAUGAAUUUAAUCGAUUAGAUGUCACUUUAUUUUUGAUUAUUAAUGGAAUAUUGAAUUUCGAAACUUGGAAUUUUUGUUGUAAAUUAGCUCAUAAUACUGGUGGUGAUUACGCACUAUUAGAACAUGCUGCAAUUAAACUUACGAAUGCUAUCUCAUUAGUUUUAACAGGUGAAGAUACAUUGCGACAAGCAUUUCAUCAACAUAUAGAAAAUCAUUCAAUAGUCAUGAAUAAUAUUUAUAAUGUUGAAGAGCUAGAUUUUGCAGAUGUUUUUGAAUAUUAA